CUCCCAAUGAGUGGACAGUAUUUACUGCAUUCGAUCGAGAAAGGGGUUAUCCAACUUUUUUCGCCCCCACUCGCGUUAUGGUUUACUCCGAGAGGGUGUAUAUAUUGACGAGACCCCCCUCUGUUCGAAUAUGAAGCCCAUUGCAAACACACGCACCCUCACAUUGUCACCAUGUCGAAGAGAGUACGCCAUAAUGCCGGGAACACUGAUUCCAACGGCGCAGCCGAUGCACCCCAGCAUGAUCACGACUCCGAGAAUACCGAGUUUGAGUUUGGCGGACCGCUGGGAGUCACGGCUAUCAUGGUGGGAUCCCCUUUGCUCAUGUACUACAUGUUCAUUGGGGUGAAGUGUUUCGACGGCCAACUGCCGACUCCAGCUCGUGCGGGAGAAGACACUAUCAUCGGUUUCCUAGGUCACCUCGUCGAAUUGGUUUAUACCCAUGCCUUUCCGCACCGCAAGGCGUGGAUCAUCUACUGGACCUUUUUGAUCCUAGAAGGCCUCGGAUAUCUGUACCUGCCAGGGGUGUACGGUAAAGGGAAGGCCCUGCCCCACCUUGGCAACAAGCAGCUGGACUACUACUGUUCCGCGCUGUCGUCGUGGUAUCUGACGAUCAGUGGCGCUCUUUUCCUACACUUCUCAGGUCUGUUCCGGCUGAGUACUCUCAUUGAUGAGUUCGGACCGAUCAUGUCCGUGGCCAUCAUUUCGGGGAUUGUAGUGUCAAUUCUCGCGUACCUGUCGGCACUGUCUCGUGGGGCACAGCACCGCAUGACAGGAUCCCAUGUGUACGACUUCUUCAUGGGUGCAGAGCUUAAUCCGCGCAUGUUCCGCUGGAUCGACAUGAAGAUGUUCUUCGAAGUCCGUAUCCCUUGGUACAUCUUGUUCCUGUUGUCGCUCGCUACAGCGCUCAGACAGUGGGAUGAAUAUGGUUUUGUGUCCGGUGAAGCCGCCUUCCUGCUCAUGGCCCAUUUCCUGUACGCCAACGCCUGUUCCAAGGCGGAAGAGCUGAUCAUCACCAGCUGGGAUAUGUAUUAUGAGAAAUGGGGGUUCAUGUUGAUCUUCUGGAACCUUGCCGGGGUACCGAUGAUUUACUGCCACUGUACGCUGUACCUGGCUUCGCAUCACCCGUCGACAUAUCACUGGAACCCGGUCGCACUGGGCCUCCUAGCGGUGGUAUAUCUCUUCGUAUAUUGGGUAUGGGAUACCUGCAACAGUCAGAAGAACUACUUUCGUGCUCAGGAGCGAGGGAGCGCUUUCGACCGCAGGUCAUUCCCUCAGUUGCCGUGGAAGUUCAUCAAGAAUCCCGAAACUAUCAAGACCAACACUGGAAGUGAUAUCCUCUGCAGCGGGUGGUAUGGACUCGCCCGUAAGGUCCAUUAUACCUGUGACAUAUUCUUUGCUGUGUCUUGGGGAUUGGUCACAGGUUUCGAUUCUCCAUUUCCAUGGUUUUAUCCAUUGUUUUUCAUCACCAUGAUCUCCCACCGCGCGUGGCGCGACAUCGAGCGUUGCCGCGGGCGGUAUGGUGAAGCGUGGAUGGAGUACGAGCGUCGGGUGCCGUAUUUGCUCAUUCCGGUAAGAGGCCUUCCGGGACCGAACCAUGGAUAGGAUAGAGCUAACAGAUAGGACAGUAUGUCUUUUGAUACGGCGUGACAGUCGAAGAUAGACAAUAAGGCGGACUGAGAACGAGCAGACAGGGAAGUGGAUCGCCGCGUCGUGGCUAGUCGGGACAGACAUUGUGCCAACUCCAUCAUUUCAUUCUGGAACAUAAUUUAGGUAGCUAGCGUUUAAUAUAUCCAUAACCGGGCGGUUCGUG